CCCGUGGUGCUGCGCGGCCGCUCCCGCCUGUUCGCCAAGCCGUCCCUGGCGUCGCGGCAUGGCGGCCCACUGCUCCCUGCAGGCCAAGCGCCUGCUUCUGGACCCCAAGUUCGAGGGCUACAAGCUGUCCCUGGAGCCGCUGGCCUGCUACCAGCUGCAGCUCGACGCGGCUGUAGCAGAAGUGAAACUUCGUGAUGAUCAAUAUACCCUUGACCACAUGCGUGCUUUUGGCAUGUAUAAUUAUCUUCAUCUUGAUUCCUGGUACCAGGAUAAUGUCUACUAUGUUGAUCAGUUUGGAAGGAUUAUGAAUCUGUCAGUGACUCUGGACACUGCUCUACAAAAACCAAGAGAAGUUUUCAGGCUACCUACAGAUUUGACAGCUUAUGAUAAUCGCCUUUGUGCCUCAGUACACUUCUCAUCCUCCAUGUGGGUUACCCUUUCUGAUGGUACAGGAAGACUGUAUUUAAUUAAAUCAGGCAAGCGUGGAAACAGUACAUCUGAAAAGUGGGAGAUUGUGUUCAAUGAAGAACUAGGAAGUCCAUUUAUUGUAGCACACAGUGUUUCAUUUGUAAAAUCUGGUACACAUUCAGUAGCUGUGCUGCUGCUUAGGGUAGAAAAAGAUGAAUUGGACACAAAAGGAAGUGGAUUUCAUAUUACCUUGGAAUGGGUUACAGUUGCAGAGAUAAGCAAAGAGGGUGAUCAUAGAUACGAAAUCUUGAAACGGAGAGUUUUACAAGGAAAAUCAGUCCCCCAUUAUGCAGCAAUAGAGCCAAGUGGGGAUGGUUUAAUGAUUGUUUCCUACAAACCAUUCAAAUUUAUGCAAGCUGAAGACAACAAAUCAGAAGAAAGUGGUGAUGCAGAAGCAACAAACGAAAAGAAAGUUGCAGACCCUCUCUAUUACUGGCAGCAGACUGAAGAUGAUGUGACAAUAACAGUUCACAUUCCUGAAGACAUCACUAAGGAUGACAUAAAAGUACGCUUUUCCCCUGAUAACAUAUGUGUUAUACUGAAAGAUCAGCCUCCCUUGAUGGAAGGAAAACUGUAUUCAUCUGUGGACCAUGAAAGCUGCACAUGGAUAAUUAGAGAGAACAAAAGUUUGGAAAUUUCUCUAAUUAAGAAAAAUGAGGGACCCCGGUGGCCAGAGCUAGUAGUUGGUGACACAAGAGGGGAAUUCAUUAUGGACUCUUCCCAAUGCUCUGAAAUAGCUGAAAGCUUGAUGCAUCUUACCUCUGAAGUAAUGAAUCCAAACCCUGAGAAGGAAAACCCACCUUGUAAUGCUCAAGAAUUAGAAGAAUGUGAUGCUUUUCUUGAAGAUAGUGCAAGCUUGUGCAGAUUUGAUGGUGAUACCUUGAAAGUCACUCAUGUAAUUAAUCUUGGAAGCAACCAGUAUCUCUUCUCAGUUGUUGUGGAUCCCAAAGAAAUGCCAUGCUUCUGCCUGAGGCAUGAUGUUGAUGCCCUUCUCUGGCAGCCCCACUCUGACCAACCAGAGAACAUGUGGGAACACAUUGCAACUUUUAAUGCUUUAGGUUACGUCCAAGCAUCAAAGCAAGACAAGAAGUUCAUGGUUUGUGCUCCGGAUUACUCCUACGCUGCUCUUUGUGAGUGCUUGCGACGAGUUUUCAUCUAUCGCCAGCCGACUCCUCUGGCCACAGUUCUGUACAACAGGAAGGAAGGAAGACAAGUAGGACAGGUUGCUAAGCAGCUAGUAACAACCCUGGAAGCCAAUGAUCCUAUCUUAGGCUUUCAAGCUACAAGCGAGAGAUUAUUUGUUCUCACAACAAAAACCUUGUUUUUAAUAAAGGUGAACUCUGGAAAUUAAUUAUUCAGUAUAUUCUGCUGCAGUUUUUGUUAACAAUUUGUUAAAGAACCGGCUAGAUGAAUGAUCUGAGAAGUUCAGAACAAUCUGCUGAAGUUUAAAAAGGAGGUAUUUUACAGGGGAAUCAAAAUUUUUCAUUAAAAUUUGUGCGUAAGAUAGUCAGAAAGUUUUUCAACUUGGCUGUCAUUGAAGUGAGCUUUUUCACAGCUAUGGGAAAAUGUCUUCUGCACUAACAGCUUUCCGAAAGCAGUUUUCAGAGGCUGCUAUUGCAUAGCUGGAUAGAUUUAUGCAUUAUUUUUUCCAACUGUUUGCCAUACUUCUGAGUUUUGAGAACUCAUUUCUGGUUUUAAAUGCCACUGUUUACCUAUGAAAAAAGUGGUCAGAUAAAGAAGAUAACACCUUGAGUUACAAGCAUAUGAUGUGCAAAGAAGUGUGUAUCAUAAGGAAAAAAAUCCCAAAUUCAAAUGCUAUUGGCCAAAAAAAAUUAUUUAAUAUUUUGUUAUUCAGUAGUAUUGCAUGAAAUGUGAAUGGAAUGAAUGGAGUAUUAUGUUUCUUAUACAGGUAAUUAAUUCAAAUGGAAUAAUUUCAUCGCAUAUGCAGAUUUAGAUUAUUGACUUGGGACUUAACGCUUGCAAUGAAAUCUGUUCAUAUUUCAGGAGACACUAGAAUAGCUUUUAAUAGCUUUUUCCUGAAGCAACCCAUUGGGUGGUAUUAGUUUUAUUUUAAAUUGGCAUUGUCAAUACAGUUAAACCAAAAAAGGGUCAAUUAUGACAGCUCCACCCUGGGAUGUUUGGUUGGUUGUUUUGCAUUCUUUUUUUUGUAUUUUGCUUACAACCCCAUAGCAAAGAAUGCCUAAUGUGUUGUGUACUGGCAGGAAAGCUGCUGUGAUCUGUGGUACCAAAGUACUGAGACAGCCACAGAUGACUGAGACAGACACAAAUGCAACAAGUCGCCUAACAGUGUGCAUCUCCUCCAAUAUUAAUUUCAGACCUCGGUAAGAAUCAACUUGUGAGGAAAAUAAGCAUUCCUUUUUUAUGGAUUAACAGUUUCUUAGUUGUGAUUGUUUUGACUCUCCUGUAAAUUCUCCAGACUUGUAUCAGUGAAAUGAUUAAAUUGUAUAGUGAGAAUUGAAGAGGGAGACAAGCAAUUUUGGCUUGCAGAAACCCCUCCAAAUGCAGGAGCUUUUUCAAGGAACCUGAUAUUCCUCUUCCAUGCAGCAGUAUUGUAUUGUAUAUCCAAUAUGACAAGUUUUUUCUUACUCUUACCUGGAUAAGUUAAAACAGACUUUGAUUUGCAAACCUUCCCUUCUCAUUCUGUUGAUUGGUUGUUGUUUCGUUUGGUUUUUGUUUGGUUUUUUUUUUUUAACUGACUUGAAAACGUUUUUUAAAAAGGCUCAGUGAAUGUAUUACUGUUUCAUGUCUGGUUUGCAUCUACAUUGUCAUUGUUGGGCAGUAAUGUCAAACAAGGUGGUAGAGUUCAUGCAGAGCUCCAUCAGAGAAGAUUUUAUGUAGAUGAUUACUUUGCAACAUAAAGUGCUUAUAGAUUUGUAUGAAUAUUACUUGGUAACCUGAGAUUUAAUCAUUGGGAACACAGAGUUAGGAACACUACAUGAUAUUUGGGGAAUGGAGGAAUAAAGGAGGAGUGAAGGAUUUUUGUCACCUCAGGUCUAUUGCAGGCAGCUUCAGUACAGAUGAAGAAUUUCAGCAGUUCUUUGUCACAUUCUCCUUGCUCUGGGUGAUACCUGGAAACUUCUGCUGUAUCCUGCAAGAGAGGAAACAAAGUCAAGUAAAAUGGUUACCUCUUCAGAGACUGAAUUACGAUAUUGAAUGACUAAAUGAGUAUCUGUUUCAAAGGAGUUCUUUGCUCCUGGAACAACUGAACAUGGGGAAGAAGUCCAGCCUUUUAUCCCAUGUAACUCAUCUUGUUGGAAUCACGGUGUUCUCAGAAAGGGAAUGUCAGAUAGUUUCUCUUCUAUUUUGCUUUCUGUGGGAGUUAAGGCUGUAUUAUUUAAAAGAUUUGUUGCCUUGAGGAACCUUGCAUGCUGUUGCAGAGCAAGCUACCAUAAUUAAAUGGCUGCAAGCCACAGGGAGGCAUUUCCUAUCAGCAUUUCCGUUUCUGUGUACACUUAAUUUUAAGCCUUAUUUGUUUAGUGUAUUAAUGUAGGCUUAUACAAAGUAUGGAAUGUGGAUAUUUAAAAGAGGUGGUUUUCUGAGCACCAUACUUCAAUUUUUCUAGGAUUUUAUUUCUUGAAAUCUUACAUUUUAAGACCCAGUACUUCCUGAGAGGUCCCUAUCACAAUCUGUUUACAGAAUUUCUAUGAAAACAUUUGACCUUUAUAGAUUUGCAUUAUUUAUUUCUAAUACUCUUUUUCAGCGUUUUCCUUGGUUGUGUAUUUGGAAUGUAUCAUGUAUUCUUUACAAGCUUAAAUAAAUGGAAAAAAAAAAAUUAUUAAUAAAGGGGUUUUUUAAUUAUUUUAAAGGAUUUCUGUUAAUUUCAAAUAUGCAUCCUUAUGCUACUGAAACAAAAUAGAAAAAUAAAAAUUAAUUCCUUAAAAUAAGACUUGUUACGUGGAGGAGCUUUCUGUUAGGGUGAAGUCUGCACUGCAAGGUGCACUGUUGCACUCCCUGUUCAUUUCUGUGGAAACCCUCAUGCAAUCUUUUUCAUGGCCCAGAUCGUCCAACAUAAAAGUUUUCAGAGGUAGUAAAGAGGUAGUUGGUAAGUAUUCAGGGCUAUUCCUGUGUUACAGUGCACACUGCAUCCUCUUAUCCUGUGUCUUUGUUGUGUACAAGAUCUAAAUGAUCUGGACAAACCCUUCUAGAUGGAAGAAGGCGAGAGAUCUGCACUUCCUUCUUCUCCCUCUCCCUUGACCCAGAGGUGCUUUUUGCAGGAGAGUGAAGGAAAAGAAGGAUUUGGUCCGUACAUAUGUCCUGUGUCAUAAGUGGCUCCUCAUUAAUGAAAGAGCAGACCCUGUGAAAGUAACAAAUAAGGUUGAAGCCUAUAUUUUAUUUCAGUUUGCUGUGCUUUGUUUCAAUAAUGGACAUUAUCACCACUAUAACUUCUGAAUUUCCUUGCCUUCUGUCAAUUUAUAGUUUCUGUUCUCAUUAUGCAGAUUAGAUGAACUUAAAGCCUGCAGUCAAUCACACAUUAGAAUGUAAUAACAAUUUGUAUUUUGGUUUAACAUUUUGUGCUGCCAGUCUUAUGUGCCAUUCAUAGCAGCUUUCUGGAAAUGUGGUGAGAUUUGUUUCCCCUCCUCCCCAUGCAAUGCAUUUGCAUUUCUGCUAUGGAUAAAGAUCAACAAGGUCAAAAGACAACUUAGCUGCAGUAUUUGAGGGAGAAGAACCAAUUAUCGAUGAAGCUUUUUGGUCUAUAAAUUCAGACUCAAGGUUUAGUGUUACUUUGUCUGGACAAAUAUUUGCUGGAAUCUUUUAUUUUUCUUCCCCUUUUAAAAAAGGUUUAAGCUACUUCUGAAGAAUUACUUUCUUUUAACAAAGAUGUUUAUCAUCACAUGGUAGUUGGGUAUCGAUUAAAAUAUGAUGAUAGAUAUAAUUAACAUGUUCAGAUGUAGAUCUGCAAAAUGUUUAGCCAUAAUCUUUACUGAUCUAAUGCUCUAGGCAAAAUACCCUUUAUAAACCAUUGCAGUGUGUUUUUGCAAUCUAGUUAAUUUGACACUUGAAAGGAAUUGUCAAGAACAAUACCAGAAAUUCAACUUGAAAUAAAUAGUGUCACUUUUAUUAUGCUGUGAUGAAUAUACAUGAUCCACUAAUUUUUCUUAAUGUAUUAGUUGUGUUUUGAAUGUGCAAGAGUUGUGUGUGUACAUACAUUUGUAUUUUCAUCUAUGUACGCACACACUUACAUGUAUUCAUACUGCCUUAAAGUAUUGGGGAAGAUGAGUGAAUUCCAGAGAGGAAUUUUUUACAAACAGCAAGGCAUAGAUUAUUCAUUACCGUCAUUAACCUGCUCAUGAGUCUGUCUGUUGUGAAGCCAGCAGUCUGCCCUUAAGCAUAAGUAUUUUGCUGUAUGCCAAAACACGUAUUUAAACUUGGGAAUAAGUUCUUGAAUGUGAAGAAAUCCUGA